GUACGGGAUCAAUCUUUAUAUAUGAGGAGGGCAUGUUCGAAAAAAUGUGCAAAACCGAUGGCCGUUUUGGUCAUUUUGGCAUCCUCAUUCGUCGUUCAUGGUUUCCCGACGACGGCGGAAGGGCCGUCGAAGCCGGUGACCGCACCACUCGACCCGAAGCUCAACCCGGUUGCGACCGACUUGCCCGAAUCCGACCCGAGUUUCGAGAGACCCGACCCGAAAUUUCAGCCCCAACAGAUCUCAGUCUCUCUCUCCUACAACUAUGACUCUGUCUGGAUCUCUUGGGUCACAGGGGAGUUCCAAAUUGGUGAAGAGACAUUGCCAAUGGAUCCUGACUCAGUACAGAGCAUAGUCCAUUACAGAGAAUCUGAUGGAUGUGAAGACAAAAAUGAGACAGGAUAUUCCACUGUUUACGACCAACAUGACCCUUCCCAAAGCCUCUAUAACUAUGCAUCAGGCAUCAUCCACCAUGUCCAACUCACAGGUCUUAAACCUAAGACACUCUAUCAAUACCGAUGUGGAGACCCGUCUUUGUCAGCGAUGAGUGCUGUCUAUUACUUCAGGACAAUGCCAGAGUCCACAUCCAAGGAUUACCCGAGCAGAAUAGUAGUGGCAGGAAGCUUGGGUCUUACUUACAAUACGUCGGAUACUUGGGGUCAUAUAUUGCCAAAUCAUCCUGAUCUUGUGCUUUUGGUUGGAGGAUUCAGCUAUGCAGAUACAUACAUAACAAAUGGAACUAAGCUAGGUUGCAGUUCUUGUCAUCACAACCGAAACGUAACCUGUUCAGAACUCAGUUAUGGUCAAGAACUCGGUUAUCAGCCUCGUUGGGAUUAUUGGGGAAGAUUUAUGGAGCCAUUGACAGCCAAUGUUCCAACAAUGUUGGUAGCAGGAGAGCAUGAAAUCGAGGCACAGUCUGAUAAUCAGACAUUCGUUGCAUUCAGUUCGAGAUUCAUAUUCCCUUCAAAUGAAAGCUGUUCUUUCACGCCGUUGUACUAUUCCUUUAACGCCGGUGGAAUCCAUUUUAUAGUGCUCAAUCCAUACACGGCCUAUGACAGCGCUUCUGACCAGUACAAAUGGCUGGAAAAUGACCUGAAAAACAUAAACAGGUCAGAAACCCCAUGGGUCGUCGCAGCUUGGACCGCUCCUUGGUACAGCACCUUUAAGGAGCGGUACAGAGAAGCCGAAUGCAUGAGGGUACAACUGGAGGACUUGUUAUACAGCUCCAGAGUUGAUAUUGUCUUCAAUGGAGAGGUCGAUGCCUACGAGAGAUCGAACAGAGUUUACAACUACACAUUGGAUCCGUGCGGGCCCGUCUAUAUGACUGUAGGAGCAGGAGGGUGCGGAAAACUAGAGGUUGAGCAUGCAGACGAUGGACCUGGAAACUGCUCGGUGCUUUGCGAGAUCUGUGGAGAAAGAUUCUGCAGCUCGAAUUUCAUGCCGUGGCCUGAAAAUGGUGCGUCAUGUCCAGACAGACAGCCGGACUAUAGUGCUUACAGGGAGAGCAGCUUCGGUUUUGGAAUGUUGGAAGUGAAGAACGAGACGCAUGCGUUGUGGAGUUGGAAGCGAAAUCAGGAUUCGUAUCUUCUCGCUGGCGAUAUCAUUUACAUCGUACGCCAACCCAAGUUGUGUCCGGUAUCAAAUUAAACCAAGUAAUACCAGUCGAUUGUACCGAUUUAUAUUUCCGGUUUUUACCGGUUUAGCAGGAAAACCACAAGGUUUCGGACCAUUAUUGUAACUUGACGGAAUCAGAUCAU